AUGCUGAGCCCGUUUGACCAGAAAAAACAGCUGAUCUUGCGUGAAAUCCUGGGCACUUCUGCUGCUGCCCCGGAUGCCUCUCCCAAAGGCACCAUUGAUGUUCUUUGCAUCUCAUUAAUAGACACUAUCAAUUCCCAUCCCGAUAUGGUCACCACAUCACUGUGUUCAGGAAGGGUGUCUGUAUUUCUUGAGGGCAACAAGACAAAAACACAAAUCGGAGCAAAGGGCCAUGAGGGCCGAUGGUUGUUUGUCACGCACGACCCAGAAUCCUUGCUUGCAUGGCACGAGUCUAUCGACUUUGCAUAUGAGCCCAUGGCGUCGCCGGGUCUGGGCGAAAACGGCGAGGCCACACGAUACAUACUUUUCAAAUUCGAACCGUUGAUCUUACACGUGAAAUGCCGAGACUCGGCGAGCGCCAACUUGCUAUAUUCGACGGCUAUGGCCUGCGGGUUCAGAGAGUCCGGAAUUGGAAGCAAUCACAUUGUCGGGAUCCGGAUUCUGAUCAAGUUGGACAUUCCAAUUGGCUUUCUCCAUGGCGAGAGGCUUGUUCUGUUGGUGAGCUCUGAGUACUUGGGAAUAAUCACUCAGCUUUCGUUAGACCGGUUUAAGGAGAACUUCCGAAAAAUGGACCAGUUGGAGGCAGCGAUCAAGCAGAUGAGGCCUGUGGAGAUAAAGGCUGAAGAGACGAAGGAAGAAAGACGUCUUCGGAAAAUCGAGGAAGGAAUGAAGAGACGCGAGUCUGUAAGAGCCGAGAAAGAAAAGAAGAACAGACAGAAGCUAGAGGCAGAAGGCGGCGUAUCCGUGUAG